UUGUUUGAUAAGUUUCGUCAGUUUCUAUGUGAAGGUGUCACCGUUCGUUUGGUGACAUCACGGGUGUCCCUCUUCAAAUGAGGUCAGGCUGCCAGAAGCGGCGCGGUGUUUGAGUUCAACAGACGCUUGAAGAGAUUUUUUUUCUUCCAAAUGCCGGUGUUUAACUUGCCUUUUCACCUGACUUAUCCGAAGACCCUCGUAACUUUAUUUAAGUUGUCUGAUAACAUCGACGCCUUCACGUCCAUCUUAAGCGGCUCUUCCUCGCUCCUCUUUCUCAGUUUCACAAGGCUUCCAUUAAACCGCAGUAACCUGCCCCGAAGCUCCUAUUCAGAAGUGAAACUCCUCCGAAUCCUCUCGAGACAUUGCGGCUCAUGUAGAGCGGAGCGCAGCCGUCAGCCUCCACACUCCGAAGUUUCGCAGCUGCUGCUACUGCGUGUCCUGCUACUCGGUGGCGCCGCGCCAGGAAGCCUUUCACUCACUGCGACUACAAGGAAGACAAGCGGGAGGCGUCCGAGCGGCAGUCAGCGUGGACAGUGAGAACCUGAGCAGACGCCGACGAACCGGAGCCCUUGGUACUUCAGUCAGAGAAUGAAGCCAAACAGCACAGCCCAACCCUCCAACUCGGUGGACAUUGACAAAGUCAUGGACAUGGUGCUGGUGGUCCUGUACAGCAUCACCAUCAUCUUGGGCAUCACCGGGAAUGGCAUGGUGAUCUGGAUCACUGGCUGCAAGGUGAAGAGGGUGGUCAACAAUGUCUGGUUCCUCAACUUGGCCGUGGCCGAUUUUAUCUUCUGCCUCAGCCGCACCAUCUCUCUCGCCAAAAACCUGUUUUAUGACUACUGGCCCUUCGGGGAGUUCCUGUGCAAAUUCAACGGGUUCUUCAAGUAUGCCAACAUGUUUUGCAGUGUCUUCUUACUGGCCGUCAUCAGCCUGGACCGCUGCAUUUCUGUGUUGUACCCCCUGAGUAUCAAGGAGUGGCGUACAUUGCGUUCCGCCUCCCUCAUCAGCCUAGUCGUCUGGGUCUUAGCCGUGAGCUUCAGCCUGCCUUACUUUGUGUUCCGUCAGACCUCUCUGGAUCCAUCCAAUGGGAAUCUUACCAAAUGUUCUCUGGAUAUACCGGGGAGUGAGGAUGGACGUCGGAUCCAGCUUGUCCUCUAUGCCCUGAGGUUCCUCUGCGGUUUCAUGGUUCCUUUCGUCAUCAUCACCAUCUGUUACAUCCUCACAGCUUACAAGCUGAAGCAAACGCGCUCCCCGAAGUACAGCAGGUCCUUGAAGCUCAUCGCCGCCCUAGUGGCCGCCUUCUUCUUUUGCUGGGCCCCCUACCACGCUUUCCUGCUUGCCAAGAUGGUCAAGAAGAAGUCACCCGUGGUCAGGGUGGGCCUGCCAUUAUUCAAGGGCCUGGCCUACCUGAACAGCUGCAUCAACCCCAUCCUGUACUUCUUUAUGGGAGUGAACUUUAAGAAAAAGCAGCUGGGCUGGAAGCUCUCAUCCAUCUUCAAGCGAGUCUUUGUGGACGACUGUGAAUAUUCUCAACGGACUAUGAAGAAAGAGAGCAGCUCUCCGGCUAACACUUUGGAAAACACGGUCAUCUAGAGUUUACAUUUGUCAUCAUGGAUGGCCACGUGGAAUCACGACGACCUGUGGGAGCAAUGGCUGGUGUGAAUGUGCAUCGAGGGGACUGUGGGGAUAAACCAGACUGAAGGAGACGUCACACAAAGCCUGAUGUUCACAAGCACUUUAUUUAUUUGUUAAAAUUCCGGACAAACUAGAUGACUCCGAGAAAAGUGGAGCCAUUUGUGCAGAGGCACAUCCAUUACUGUAUAGAUUUGAUUUGAUUAAACCAAGAAGUAUUACUCCGUACAAAGGGGAAUCGCCGAACACGUUCUAAUUAUUUGCUCAAAGAAGAAAAAGAAAAAAAAACUUCCCAUCAGCCAGCACAAACAGAUGGAGAUUAAUAAAAUAAGAAGCGGAUUUGAAGGCCAUGGUCAUGAUGAGCAACAUCAUAAUUUACGAGAAUACGGCAAAGCUGUUUUCUAUUUAAGGCAGUGCCAUUUAUAUCUGUCUGCUUUAUAUUGCACGGCUUCAAUCAGUUGCUCUGCUGUGAAAAAGUGUUUGCUCCCAUUCAGAAUCAUUGUUUGGAAUCGGACGUUUAGUGGGGCACUGCCAGACUACUCUGACAUUUACGUGACUUUCAGACCCGAUCAUGUCUGUCCUUCUUUUUGCUUUUGCUAAUGAAACAUGUACUGUAAGUUCACACACCUCUCACAUCACAAAGAAUCAAUCAAAAUGGACUUCUGAUGCCUGGAGCAUCUUGUGUGGCUUCAGAUCGUUGUGAUUCUGUUAUGAACUGGGAGUCCCAGACACUUAGGGUGAACUCAUACUGGCCAUUUGGCAAUUUGUCUGGAGGUAACCCCCACAAAGCCUUAUUUGACCAGUGUGAUCGCUCCGUACCAGCCUAACCAUACCGUGCCCGAGCACAGUUCAGUGGCAUUUGGGAACAGUGUGAGCAAUGAAUGUGCCCGAGCAUGGAAAACAGACACGACGUCAACAAUGUGACAAGUCAGAUAUCGCGAUUCUCUGCACUGGCAGUCAGAAUGUUCCCAGUUCAAAGUUUGUAAACGCCAAGAGUGACUCUACCCUGUUGGACCCACAACCUGCAGAGAACACUUGAGGGUUGGUGGCAGAAUUGGCCCUCCUGCCACCAAAAACAAACCUCCGUCUGUUCCAUUCCACCUGAACUAGUGUGGCAUGGUGCUGAAGUGUCACCCGUUACAUGGCUGCCCUCGGGUCCUAAUCUGGGAUCCUGAGGUGGUAAGUAGAAGAUGCCUGCUCCUAACCGCUCCUCAUCUCUCUCACCAUUUUUAAAGGAGUAUAUAAAUAUGGCCCUGACCAAAAAGCAGGAGGCAGAGCUGGAGGUGGCAGAGUUAAAGAUGCUAAGAUUUGCAUUGGGGGUGAUGAGGAUGGACAGGAUUAG